GCAAGCGGUACGAGGAAACUGGUGUGCGGAUUCCGAGUCUAAUUUGGUGCAGCUAUCAGGGAACGCUUCCUUAUGAAUGCUUGAAUGCUGGGCCACCACACGCGGGACCGCAGUCGCCUCCGCGAGGUCCGAGGAAUGAGAGGCUACUUUUGCCGGGUGGUGACUUAGUCAAUGUAGGUGAUCAGAAGCCCGACCCGAGCUUCCUACGUCCUCUAUACGUUCGAUGGCCCUUUCUCGUGCUCGGUUUCUCUUUUCCUCCUUUGGCAGUGCGAAACGGUGGAAUAAAGCAAAGAGGAGAAUAAGAGGAGUUCCGAGACUUACGCUUUCUUCUAUCCGUCGAACGCCUGCAGCAGGAGGUCCAACCCACCGUUCGGAAGCCGCCUUGAUGCCAUCCGCCGGCGUUUAGGGUUCCCUGGCGGUUUUUAUCUUUGCCUUCUAUCAUAGGCUGCCGGCGUCGUGCUAUCUCUCUGAGUAAAUUUUUUGAGCCGUGAGACAUGUCAGGACCACUCGAUCGAUUUGCGAGGCCCUGUUUCGAGGGGUCUUCCAGUCAUGACGAGAAAAAAGAGCGGAAAUCAGAUGUUGAGAACUCAGAAGAUGAGAGAAGGACAAGAAUUGGAUCUUUGAAGAAAAAAGCAAUAAGUGCAUCUACUAAAUUCAGACAUUCUUUGAGGAGAAAGAGCAGAAAGAAGCAUGAUACUCGAGUUAGCUCUGUUUCAAUUGAGGAUAUAAGAGACAUUGAAGAGCUACAAGCUGUUGAUGCUUUUCGACAGUCCCUAAUGCAGGAUGAAUUGCUUCCGUCAAAGCAUGAUGAUUAUCAUAUGAUGUUAAGAUUUUUGAAAGCACGAAAAUUUGAUCUUGAGAAAGCAAAGCACAUGUGGUCAGAAAUGCUUACAUGGAGGCAGGAGUUUGGUGUUGACACCAUUGUUGAGGAUUUUGAUUAUACAGAGAUAGAAGAGGUUUUAAAGUACUAUCCACAAGGUUAUCAUGGUGUGGAUAAAGAGGGGCGACCUGUCUAUAUCGAAAGGCUCGGAAAAGUUGAUGCGAACAAGUUAAUGCAAGUGACAACAAUGGAACGCUAUGUAAAAUAUCAUGUGAAAGAGUUUGAAAGUUGCUUCUUAUUCAGAUUUCCAGCUUGCUCAAUUGCUGCAAAAAGGCACAUUGAUUCAAGUACAACAAUUCUAGAUGUCCAAGGCGUGGGCCUCAAAAACUUCACCAAGGCUGCAAGAGAACUGAUUAUCAGAUUGCAAAAAAUCGACAAUGAUAAUUACCCAGAGACUUUGUGCCGGAUGUUUGUAGUUAAUGCUAGUUCAGGUUUUAAGCUGCUAUGGAAUACUGUGAAGUCAUUUCUUGAUCCAAAAACUACUUCUAAGAUUCAUGUUCUUGGAACUAAGUACCAAAAUAAGCUUCUUGAAGUAAUUGAUUCCAGUGAGUUGCCAGAGUUUCUUGGUGGUAGUUGUACAUGUGCUGAGCAUGGUGGAUGCCUCAGAUCUGAUCGAGGUCCAUGGAGGGACCCCAAUAUAUUGAAGAUGGUUCUUAAUGGUGAAGCACAAUGUGCUAGGCAAAUUGUUGCUGUUUCAAACUGUGAGGGAAAGAUUAUUGCUAAUGCUAAGCCACGAUACCCAACUUUGGUGCACCAGAUAAAAGGAAGUGAUACAUCAACAGAGUCUAGCUCAGAAGCUGAAGACAUUGUUUAUUCGAAAAAAACAAGCAACUAUAUCCAUAAUCCUCAGUUGGACCCUGUUCAUGAAGAGGCCAAAAUUGUUGGAAAGGCUUGUAUAUCUGAUGCCUCUUCUGAGUAUGAAGAUUGUGUGCCCAUGGUUGACAAGGUCGUCGAUGUAGGAUGGAAGAAUCAAAUUUCUAGUUCAGUAUGUUCUUCCUCUAGAGGUAGAUUUUGGUUGUUUGACAUAAGUGAACCUUCAGAAGGAAUUCGAGCUCAAAUUGUUACAUGGCUUAUGGCCUUCAUUAUGGCUCUCUAUGCAAUGUUCUGUUCAGUUACAAGACGUGUGACUAGAAGACUCCCAGAUAAUAUGCUCAAGUCUGAUCAUUGCUAUCCUGAAUUCGACCCAAAUCCUAUGCCUAAAGAGGAAUUUCGACCUCCUUCACCUUCCCCUACUUUCAAGGACAUAGAUAUGCUUUCAUCAGUCUUGAAAAGGUUGGGAGAGUUGGAGGAAAAGGUUGACAAACUUCAAGCAAAACCAUCUGCAAUGCCUCACGAAAAAGAAGAAUUGCUUGAUGCUGCCGUUCGCCGUGUGGAUGCUUUAGAGGCUGAGCUCAUUGCAACCAAAAGGGCUCUAUAUGAUGCUUUGAUGAGACAAGAGGAACUGCUUGCAUAUAUUGACCAGCAAAAGGUGGCUAAAUUUCGGAAGAAGAAAUGUUUUUGCUUUUGAAGCAUAACAUCGGCACCAAAUGACGCGACAGCUUGUUCAAAAGGAACUAUAUGAUGUAAUGAUUUCCUAAUUACUUCAUACUCUGUUUUGAAAUUGAAGAAAAUUUUCUUUUCAAGCAUAGCAUCAGCGCAAAUGACACGGCCAGUUCGCUCUGCAGUUUGUAUUUAGUUUGAGACCACAAGGAACUUCCAACGAAUAUAGAUUGUGAGAUUUUUCUGCUUAA